AUGGCAGCUAGGAAAUGGUCACGGCCAAUUAAUCUUGUGUGUUUAAGUCUUUUCGUUCUCCUCUUACACUCGUGUGGAGGGAAUGUGGUGGUGUUGGAGAAUGAGGGAGGGACGGAACGUGGACCCUGUGUGGAGGGGGAGCGUGGAGAGGGAGUGAAUUGUGGUGAAGAUGAUACCAUUGAAGUUAGGUACGACCUCCUGUGGAACUCGGAUAUCGCGACCUACGAGUUCAACGACGACCUGGCUUCAGUCAGCUGCUCCAACGACUCCGUAUGUAGAGCAUGUCUGCCAGACCUGGAUGUCGCCCUCAUGCAGAAUUCCCCCCUCCCGACCGCGCCCUUCUGUGACAUUGACAGAAACGCCACAGGGCCCGGGCGGUGCACCUGCGGGGAAGGUCGGUGCGUGUCUUACAGCAGGGAUAUGAGCACGAGUUCGGUCUACUAUUACUGCGGGCCUUGCGGUUGGGUCGGAGCGCGGUGCGUGGAGAGCAACUGCACGCACAAGCAAGCCGAAUGCUCCAACGGUUACUGCGAAUGCGUGCAAAAUGGCCUCUUCUACGACCUUAAUUUCUGUUACUACCCUUACUUCGGCAAGACCAUGAUUCUGGAAAUGUUGGCAAGCAGCGUUAUUGUUAUUGCUAUGUGCGGUGUCCUCGCCUUCUCCUACAACAGGUUAGGAAGGUCUCGUCAACGUGAUGAUAGUUCCUCGCCAUUUCCUUGGAGACGCGGAAGCCGAUCGCGUGAGGUAAGUCAUUUAUAUCGAAAAGCCUUUUAUCUCGUCUUACUUUCCGCUAACAAGAGCACAUUCCGUCCUUCUGAAACGAGCAACCGUUAUUUUAUCACAUUUAUUAUUUUGUUUUACUAUUUCUCAAAUCCCUUUCUUUCUUUAUUAUUAUUAUUAUUAUUUUUUUUUUUUAUACGAGGAAGUAUGUUAGAGUUAAAUCCCGGGUACUUUGCAGGGGAGAGGAUGCCUCCCUCUAUUGAGAAGAAUAAAAUUUUAAACUUUCUUGGCCUGAGAUUCACCUCGUUUGCGUGCCUUGCUUGCUGGGAUUAUAAUGACAUAGAUGAAAAUGUGUACUGGGUAAUCCCGGCUAACAAGUGUAACGUGAGGGGCCAUAACCUCACGGAUUGUGUGUAUAUGAGAGGAAAGUAA